AUGGCACAGGAAGUUGAAGCUGGAGCGGAGACCGUGGAGAAAGCAUUUAUGCACGACUUUGUCCAUAGCGUAGACGGAGUGUGGACGGCUGAACUGAUUUGGGCAGUGGAAGUAAUAAACGGGGAGAAACUGCUGACUCGCAAGGUCGUGGUCUUGAAGGGCUCUUCUAUUGAAACUGCCCGCGUUUUCUAUAGGCUUAAGUGA